AUUAUUCUACCGAUUGUCCAAUCUAAUUAAUUGUUAGAACUUCGUUUAAUUAUUGAUUUGUUUUCUAUUCUCAAUCUUUACCUUUUCCUUUCUUUUGAUUUUCUCUCUGUGUCUUUACCUCAAUUUUUGGUUUUUUUUUCUUCUUCUUUUGUUGUCAACCAUUUUAUUCUUUCAUCAUUUUCUUUUAUCAUCAUCAAUGUUUCUAAUUAAUUUAAUGUGAUUCCAAUUCUCUCAUCUAUUCCCUGUGGCAAUUUACUAAUUGUUCAUCUUAUCCUUGGUGGAAUGAUUUCUUUCUCAAAUUUGGAACAGAGAACAAAAUUCUAGUGUUUCUAAUAUUCCAUCUUUCUAUUCCUCCAUUUUUUUCAGGAAUUAGAAAAGAUUAUUGAGAGAAUAAUUUCUUUCGAUACAUUUACAUGAUUAAUCAAUCAAUUAAUUCUAAUCUGUUACUUGUGAUAUAUGAUUUAUCCUUCAGCGAUAAGUGAUUCAUUCGACAUUUGUGAUUAUGUUUCUAACUGAGAGUCAAUUUCGUGAUGCUUUACAUUGGUAUCAGAAGAAGAUUGGUUCAUAUGAUCAGCAGGUUUGGGAGAAAUCAAUUGAGGAACGAGUCCUUCGAGGUUUAAGUCAUGCAAUACCGAAGAAAGUUGCUCGUGUUAAAAAGGAAUCAAUUGAUUUAGAUUUAGAUUUGAUUCGUGGAUCAUAUUUUGCUAAAGCUAAACCACAGCAAAGUUGGUUAACUACAACUUACCUUGGAAUUGUGAGAAUCCUUCUAUUUCCCUUCUAUCUAAAUUGGUGGACCGAACAAACCAAUCCCCUAAUAUGUGCCAUUCUAUUUAUCCUUUAUUGUCUCCAAAUGAUCUCAAUGUACAUUUACUUUAAUUCGGAGAAAGAUGAAUUCGAUGAAAUUCCCAUUUCAGAGGUUGUCUCACCUUUAUUCAUGUUCUUUAUCCUGGGAACCAUGCAAUCGCAGAUCGGUGCCUCUUCGAGCAGUAAAAAUAGAUCAUACAGAUCACGACUUAAUCCAACAAUUGAAACAAUUUCUAAUCCAAUAGCAUCUUCACCUUGUUCAUCAUUAUCACCAACAAUAACAAUUCCUGAGAAGCAAAAUCAUCAUAAUAACAACAUCAACAUUUCGUCAAAUGAUAACUAUGGAAAUGACUCUAAUUAUAAUGUAAAUUCAUCAUCAUCAUUUAAAUCAACUCCAUCAUCAUCAUCUUCUUCAACAUUAACAACAUCAAAACGGCGAGAAUCAAGAAAUCAAUCUACUUCCAAUAGUGAUAAUAGUAAUUUAAUCAUCGGAUUGUGUAAAAAUUGCUCUAAACGUGAUACUCUUAAAGAGACAAUCAUCUCAUCACCAAAUGUACAAAACAAUUUACCAUCAACAUCAACAUCAUCUUCAUCCUCAUCAAUUGAUGUUCCUGUUGAUAAAUUACCAUCAAAGUGUAAAAAAUUUAAUCCAAGAGAUGAGACAAAGGUAUCAGAUGAUGAGAGUGGAUUAGACUCUAUGGAAACACCUAAUGGUACUCCCAGGGAAGAAGAUGAUAAUGAUGAUGAAGAUGAAGAUGAAGAUGAACGGGAAACCCGUUUAAGAAGGAGAAAGGUGUUAACCAAACAUAUUACCAAUGUAAAUACUAUUCUUACAAAAGAAGGAGGGGAAGAUGAGGAUGAUAAUAGUGACAAUAGUUCCACUCAAGAAUCAUGUUCACCAUCAGCUGAUCAAUCAACAUCAACCCCGAGUUCAACUAAAUCAACUCCCGGUUACUCAGGUAGACGGAAGAGUUUUCCCCAGAAAAUUUCUAAUUCUGAAUCAGCUCGAAUUGAAUAUGAGGUCAAAAAGGAGGCCAAUACAGAUACAGAACCCGAUGGAACCAUUGGUGAUUUAAGUUCAGCUGAUGAGUGUUCACCUUAUUCAACAGUUGAUUCCAAUAAUCGUUUUGAAUGGUCUAGGAAAUAUAAUAUCACUUCACCAACUACAGGGAUUCCAAUUGAUGUUCAACGUGAUUCCCGAUGUAAACAAAGUCCGGUCAACUUUUGUCUCUCUCAAACAAACACCAAUGGUCAAGUUUCUAGUAAUGGUAAAACUAUUAAAAUUAGCAAAGAUCCAAUAAUCGAUAAUAAUAAUAUCGGUAAAAUUAGUAAGGAUCAACGAAGUAUCAUCAUUAAUAAGACAAAACUGUUAUCAUCAUCAGCAACAAUUCAUCACCCACCUCAUAGACUUCAAUUUUGUUUACCUGUUUCUUGCUCUAAAUCAAUAGUAGUUGGUAGAGGAGGUGGAGGUGUAGAUGGCUGUUCAUCUUCAGGUGAAUCUGAAUGCUCCAUGUCCCCAACAUCACCAAUAACAAAAUUAGCCUCUGACCUUGACUGGCCUUCAAUUAACUCAGACGGUACCUCUGAUGAUGAAGGUGAAAUGAUGAUGGGAGUUGAUGUUGAUGUUUCUAAUGAAGCUUUAAAAAAACUCAAUGACAAUCAAGAAUUUUUCAAUUUCAGUGAACAAUCAUCUAGAUCAUUAUCCAAUCAUCAUCACCAUACUCAUACUCAUCAUCAUCACCAUCAUUCCAAUCAUCAAUCUCAUUCCCAUCAGCAUCAUCAUCGCGAAGAUCAUCAUCAUCAUCACCAUCAUCACCACCAGUAUCACCAUCAUCAUGCUCCGUCCAUUAGUUAUAGUCCAGAAGAGUCUAACCCAUAUAACCAAAGAACCGGUAAAACCCUUAAUGACAAAGUGAGCUGUGCUAUUUGGCAAACGAGAGAAUGUCAAAAAGUGGACUUAUCGGUUUUGGACAUUUCAUCGGCUAUAAUUCGCAAAGUUGAAUCGGUUAAACACUCGAAUGAAUAUUUUUAUCUUGGUUUCCUGCUCUCCCUGGUUUUGGCCUUUAUUCCAGUCAUCUUCCGAAUCCGUCAGUUUGCCACCUCUCAACGUUUCUCUGAAACCCGUCGAAGAAAAAUGACCCCAGCCCACUUUUCCAAUCCCAAUUCAUCAAAGGAAAUAUUAUCCGAUAUUAUCCAAGAAAUACCGACACUGGCCACUGAUCUGUUAGCGGAAACAAUGGUUCACUCAUUUUCCUCUUUAAGUGUACAAUUCGUUGUUCUUGUUGCAAUAAUUGAAAGAUUUUUCUUAAGUUUAUGUUUCUUUUUCCUUCUCUGCGUUGCCGAACGAACAUUUCGAGAGAGGUUCCUUUAUGCAAAAUAUUUUUGUCAUCUAACAUCAUCCCGACGAGCUCGACGUUCUGACCUACCUCAUUUCCGUUUGAAUAAAGUAAGAAACAUAAAAACAUGGUUAUCAGUACGUUCGUACCUACAAAAUCAUGGUCCUCAAAGGUCAAUCGAUGCAAUUGUUUCAUCAAGUUUCAUUGUCGAAGUUAGCAUUUUAACCUUUCUAUGCAUUCAGCUUCUUCGGGACAAUGAAAUUUGCUCAGAAAAACUUUAUUGCUGGGAAAUGGUUUUCUGGAAUCUUGCCAUUGGAUUAUACAUAAUGAGGUUAAUCAUCCUUGGAUCGAAGAUGAAUCGUAAAAGUCGAGGUUGUUUGACAAUCUUAUUAUCGGAACAAAUUAAUCUUUACCUUCAAUUGGAGCAAAAACCUCACAAAAAGGAAGACCUUACCCUCGCUAAUCAAUUAAUCAAAUCAGCGGCUGAUGUAUUGAAACUACUCGAAGCUCCAUUCAAAAUCUCUGGUUUCUCAGCUAAUCCCUAUCUCUACAAUAUAACCAAAGUUAUUGUUUUAUCGGCUUUCUCAGCUGUUCUUACUGAACUUUUGGGCUUCAAGUUAAAAUUGUACAAAAUUAAAUUAACCUCUUAAAAAUUGUAGUCACUUUUAAAAGCAAUUAUUAUGAGAUUAAUUUAAUUUUAAAUUUCCUCUCUCUCUCUCUUAGAAUCCUGAUUGUUUGUAAAACUAUUCAAUCAUAAAUUGAAAUAUAUUUACAGCAAUUAAGUUUAACCUUAAUAUUUAAAUGAUUUAGCGUUUGACUUUGAAAAACAAUCAAAUCAAAGUUUAAAUCAAAUUGAUCAUCAUGAUUACACUUUGAUUGUUGAGGGAAAAUUAUUAUUUUUUUUCUUUGCUUAAUUGUUAUAAUUGAAAAUAUAUUUUAAUUCUGUUUGGGUCCUAAUUGUCAAUAAUCAACAGAGAAAUAUGUAUAUUUUAAUUGAAUGUUUUAAUCGAAACAAUUUAUUGAUUAUUGAGAUAUUUUCAGAAAAUUGAUUAGUGUUAAUCAAAGUACUACAAUCAUUAUGAUUCAAUUGAAUUAAGUUUUAUGUUUUCUAAUCAUCUAGUAUAUCUAAUUGAAUCAAUAAUAUUAACACAAUGAUUAACACAAUUAAUUAAUAAAUUGUGAUCAAAUGUCACUGAUUAAUAAUCAACAUAC